AUGCAAACAACGAUCGAGCCAACUAUCUUGAGCAUUAUUGGAUAUACCGUGGUAGUAGUUUCCGCACUCGGAAUAAUCGGAAACUCUAUGAUGCUUGGUCCAUUUGAAAGCGAAGACAUACUUGAAAGGUUCGAUGCGUUUGUUCAUUUUCCGGUCGGCUCCAUUACUUCAAACAUCACAGUGUCGCUUGCGUUAGGCCUGGAGCAGCAAAAUAUUUUUUUGCGUGAUGUCCGCGAUGGAAAUCACCUAGAUUCUGUAGGUGGGAGAUGCGCGCUGAUACUCUUCAUUAUUUUCUUCGCCAUUUUGAUCAACAUAUCAUACUGCUUCAUGUACAAGUACAACGAGCGUGGGAAGCUGAUAACAACUAACUUCUUUCGUUCGCGGUGGUUCAAUCUUCAAACUUGGCUUCAAUUCAUAAUAUUUGGCCUGAUAGCCGCAUAUUUGCUUAUCGCAAAUCUCAUUAUGAUAUAUUUGAUGAGGAGGGCUCCUCAAGCAGAGCGAGAUGUUGAAAGUAAAAACAUAUGCGAAGGAAAUCGUUUGCGGGUGAUUACGUUAAUGCGAGAAUCUAUGGAGAUGUUUAUCGUACAAGUUUGCUGUGAACUAAAAAAGGCUGCGAAUCGUGUUUUAUCAAGGCUGACGAUUAUGCUCGGUAUCGUAUUUCUGUUCCUUGUGGGCGAACUGCCAACACAUUUGGCGUCGCGACGCAGCGCCGUGUCUCUGCUUUAAGACGGUGAUCGUUCUUAUGUUUCACCGAUAAUUUAUUUAUUUUGUUAUAUUUUUCGCAUGUGGGCGAUUCUUCUCAACGCGUUAGCGAGCUCGACGAACUUCAUACUUUAUUGUGUGCUGAGUCCACACUUUUCGAGUAUUUAA